AUGAAUUGGAACCAGCAGUAUUUGCUAUCAAAUUUUUUACAACCAGCACUAAGAUUACAAAAACAAGUCACCAGAAUCACCGUUCCAAACUACCCAAAUCGACCCGAAAAUGUAAGAAAAAUCAACAUUAAAGUCAUCCAGACGUCAUUGAAAACUGUCCUAUCUUGUUCAAUUCCAUUAUUAACGUGUUCAGAAAACUCCCUUAUGUAUGGUCAGUUCACCCCCUUUUUGUGUUUGAUACCUGCGUCUGUGUCUGUGUUUCAAUCCCACACCCUUAGAAAAAAACUUUUGCAACAGCCGAAAAUACAGGAGCAAAUUACCCGAAAAAGUGUAAGGAACCACCACAUGAAAGUACCCAGAAUUUGA